CUGAUGUUUUCUCUUGAAUUCUCUUUUUUCUUACAUGCCUCUCUAUACUUUGUAAACAUAUUUCUAAUUAAUUAUUUUCUCAUGAACUCUCACUUAAAUAUUUUACUUCAUAUAUAGUUUAUGGUUCGAAAACCCUAGAAGCUAGCCCUUGCACUUGCAUGCAGUUUGUAAAAUCACUAGCAUUUCCUUAAAACAUCAACAAAAUGUUGAAAGGAGUGAAUCCAAACCAUCUCAGAAAUUUUUAUAAUUCAGGUGAGAAUCCAAUUUCAGUGCUGAAAUUAACUCCAGCCCGAUACGAUAGCAUUGAUGAUGAAAUUUACAGCACCGAUGAAUUCCGAAUGUAUGCUUACAAGAUCAAGAAAUGCACUAGAACCCGCAGCCACGACUGGACGGAGUGCCCCUACGCCCACCGCGGCGAGAAGGCGACACGUCGGGACCCAAGAGAGGUGCCCUACACGGCCAUUGCUUGCCCAGAAUUUCGCAAUGGACACUCUUGCGAAUUUGCUCAUGGAGUUUUCGAGUAUUGGCUUCAUCCUUCACGUUACCGAACACGUGCAUGCAAUGCAGGACGUUUUUGCCAACGUAAGGUUUGCUUUUUUGCUCACACACCUGAGCAACUCAGGCCUCAGAACAAAUAUACUUGUCCUCUUGUGUACAGGGCACGAAUGAAUGGUCAUGAGAAUGGGAUCUUUGGUUUUGGAUCGAGCAGAGAAGAUGGUGCCACGUCGCAUCCAACGUUGGGGUCCCUGUCACCCAUGGCUAUCAGGAUGGAUGGUAGGAGUUAUUUUGAUGGGGCUUCAGAUUUCUUGAAUAGUUUGAGAAAUUCAAAGAUUGCUGAUGAAAACGAUCAUGAUCAAGAAAUUAGGGCUCUUAAGAGAAGCGGGAUCAGUGAAUUGGAUUUGGAAUUGCCACAUAUUGAUUGGAUUUCAGAGCUGGUGAAGUGAUGUGACUGUUGAUGAAUCGAAGAGAGCUAGGGUUAAGGGAUAUUUUCCAAGAUUCGAAUGUAUGCUCAGAGUAAUUAAAUAUGGUAUCAUCUUGUGGGUAAAUCAAUGAUACCCACAAUAAAGUGAGUGAUUGGAAUAGUAUUUGCUCUCUUCUUCUUC